UGCGGUUGAAGGUCGUGGAAGUCAGGAAGUGGGAAGUAGUAGCUGAGGGAGCCAGAGGUUCGCGCGGAGCAAUGGAGCUCUUUAAUAGCUUCGGCGCAUUCACCGCUUUAAUGGCCACUUCUUCCAACGCCUCUGUCCCGGCUUCCACGCGUUCUCAGUGAGGGCUAGGGUUUGCCCGCGCCGCGUCGCUCGGCAAGGAGGAGGACAGGGUGCGCUGCCGUCGGCGGCGGAGGCGCGGAGCUCGUUCGUCGCCGUCGCGCCCCCCUGGCAUCGCUGGUUGUCUAGAGGAAGAAGAUGAUUGUGGGCUCUUCCCAGCAGCAGCUGCUGCUGCAGAGGAAGGGGAAGCCCGUGGCUGGCAAGGGAGCGGCCUCCAUGACCGUGAAGGCAGAGAAGGUGGUGGUCGCGGUAAGGGCAGCCACGAGGGAGAUCUCCAAGACAGCCGUCAUCUGGGCGCUCACGCAUGUCGUGCAGCCCGGCGGAAGCAUCAUACUCCUCGUCGUCAUCCCGGCACAGAGCUCUGGCAGAAAAUUCUGGGGUUUUCCACUGUUUGCCGGAGACUGUGCAAGUGGCCAUAAGUCUAUGGUGGAUCAGAAAUGUGAUUUAUCAGAGUUGUGUUCUCAAAUGUUGAAGAAAUUGGAUGUGUAUGAUAUUGACAUGAUAAAUGUAAUGUAUAAGCUUGUUUCCGGCUCUCCUUCUGGUGUUGUUGCUGCUGAGUGUAAGCAAGCACAAGCAAGCUGGGUUGUGCUAGACAAGGAUUUGAAGCACGAGGAGAAGCGUUGUGUGGAGGAGCUUCAGUGCAACAUUGUUGUUAUGAAGCGUUCUCAGCCUAAAGUCCUUCGGCUUAAUCUUGUGGGAUCUCCUGAUAAAGAGUCUAAAGCAACAUGUGCAGUUCCACCUGUGUUAGAUUGUUCUAGUGGUAAAACUGCAACUGAUGUUAAGGAGGCACGAAGUUCAAUUCGAGGACCUGCUGUAACCCCAAAUAGCAGCCCAGACCUGGAUACACCUUUCAGAAGUACUGAAGCGGGAACUUCCUCUGUCUCAAGUUCAGACCCUGGGGCAUCUCCAUUUUCUGCUUCUGAAAUAAAUGGUUCUCUGAAGAAAGAGGUACUAGCAACAAAGGAUAAAAUUCAGCAUUCAGAUGUCAAUAUUUCUGAUUCGGACAGUGAAACAUUGAGCCCUCCAGCAAAUUUCUCUUUUCAGCCAUGGAUGUCUGAUAUUCUACAGGGAUCAGCAUCCUCAAGGUCGCUUGGAAAAGUUCCACGGAAAACUCGUACUGCAACUGCAGAUGUUUUGUUGGAAAAGAUUUCCAAGCUGGAUCUCCUGAAUGAAAUUAGUGCUAUGAGAAGCAGGUCAGACUUAAACUUCCGCGGAGAUGUCAGGGAUGCUGUCUCAUUGGCAAGGAAUGCACCUCCUGGACCACCUCCACUUUGUUCAAUAUGUCAGCACAAGGCACCUGUUUUCGGAAAGCCACCUCGGUGGUUUAGUUAUGCUGAACUGGAGCUUGCAACUGGUGGUUUCUCCCAAGCAAAUUUCUUAGCUGAAGGUGGAUUUGGUUCUGUUCAUCAAGGUGUCCUUCCUGAUGGGCAGGCUAUCGCUGUUAAGCAACACAAGCUUGCUAGUUCUCAGGGUGAUGUUGAAUUCUGCUCAGAGGUGGAAGUUCUUAGUUGUGCACAACAUCGAAAUGUUGUAAUGCUGAUUGGUUUUUGUGUUGAGGACAGAAGGCGUUUAUUGGUUUACGAGUACAUCUGCAAUAGAUCUUUGGACUCACAUCUCUAUGGUCGUAAUAGAGAAACAUUGGAGUGGACUGCACGGCAUAAGAUUGCAGUUGGUGCUGCUCGUGGGCUGCGGUACCUCCACGAGGAAUGUAGGGUUGGCUGCAUAAUCCAUCGUGACAUGAGACCAAACAACAUCCUUGUCACACAUGAUUUCGAGCCACUGGUUGGAGAUUUCGGCCUGGCACGAUGGCAACCUGAUGGAGACAUGGGUGUUGAAACAAGAGUUAUUGGCACAUUUGGUUAUCUGGCACCUGAAUAUGCGCAGAGUGGGCAAAUAACAGAGAAGGCUGAUGUGUACUCUUUUGGGGUUGUGUUAGUGGAGCUUGUGACUGGGCGGAAGGCUGUUGACAUCAACCGACCAAAGGGUCAGCAGUUGCUAACUGAAUGGGCACGGCCAUUCUUGGAGGAGUAUGCAAUUGAUGAGCUCAUAGACCCACGACUGGGCGCGCGCUACUCCGAAAACGAGGUGCACUGCAUGCUGCACGCGGCAAACCUGUGUAUAAGACGUGACCCACAUUCAAGGCCUCGCAUGUCCCAUGUUCUUCGCAUUCUUGAGGGCGACAUGGUCGUGGAGUCUGGUUCUGUUAACGGCAGUAGUGAUUCUGGGAGCAGAAGCUGGAGGUUGCUGAGUGAGCAACAGCAUUAUUGCCAGGAGUACAGUAGCCCGGCUCAACAAGAAUCGCGAAGGGCAGGCGAGGGGAAACGCUCCUACAGGGACCGGGACAAGCAGAGUAUCUCCAACAGAUAUUAGUGCUGUCGCAUAAUGCAAGAGAUCGCUCAAAUCCUGUAUUAUUCCCUCGCCCCUACCUCCCUCUCGCAUUUCUUUCUUUUUGGGAUCAUUUUAUGCUCACUUCCUAGCCCUAGCAAUUUGUAGGCUGGAAAGCUUUUGCUGAUACAUUGUUGUCCUGGUGUAUAUAGAAAUGUUAAUAGGAUUACAAGUA